AUGAGAGCUGGCAGAGCAACAACUGCAUACAUUGCUCCUGGCUUCUGCUCUUUUCAGAGUGGCCCCACCAUGGCCACUUAUCAUGACCCUGAGGAUGGCGGCGUACCUUUAAUGAAUCACAACCCAAACGGUGGCAAAGAGGUAGAGAGAAUCAAAGAGGAUCCGGGAUCGGACAAGGGGCAGGAAAAGCCUGAUCCAACACAGAAGCCCCCCUAUUCCUACGUGGCUCUUAUUGCGAUGGCUAUCAGGGAGAGCGCAGAGAAAAGACUGACCCUUUCUGCCAUCUACCAGUAUAUCAUCAGUAAAUUUCCUUUUUACGAGAAGAACAAAAAAGGUUGGCAGAACAGCAUCAGACAUAACCUGAGUCUUAACGAGUGUUUUAUCAAAGUGCCCCGAGAGGGUGGCGGGGAAAGGAAGGGCAAUUACUGGACACUGGAUCCAGCUUGCGAGGACAUGUUCGAGAAAGGCAAUUACAGGAGAAGAAGGAGGAUGAAGAGACCUUUCAGACCACCACCUACACACUUCCAAGCGGGGAAAAGUCUAUUCAGCAGUGAUACCUACGGCUACCUUUCCCCACCCAAGUACCUGCAAUCCUCAUUCAUGAACAACUCGUGGUCCCUGGGACAACCACCUGCCCCCAUGUCCUACACAUCUUGCCAGAUGGCUGGGGGCAAUGUCAGUCCGGUCAAUAUGAAGGGACUUACUGCAUCGUCCUCAUAUAGCCCAUAUUCCAGAGUACAGAGCAUGGCUUUGCCCAGCAUGGUUAACACCUACAAUGGCAUGAACCACCUCCAUCAUCAUCCGCAUGCCCACCAUCCCCAGCAGCUGAGUCCGGCCAGUCCGGCGCCCCCGCCUCCUACAACCCCGAAUGGGGUCCAAUUCCCAUGUGCUAGGCAACCUUCAGAGCUCUCCAUGAUGCAUUGCUCCUACUGGGAUCAUGAUAGCAAGCACAAUGCUCUGCACCCCAGGAUAGACCUUUGA